GACAGUUCCUCCUGAGUGCAAGGUGUACGAGGCAAUCGCGACUGGAACAGUUCCAGAAGACGUUCAAGGGAGGGAAAGAACUAUAAUAAAUGCCACUUUUGUGGACCGCGGAAGAGCUUUCGUGAUCUACUCACGAAUCUCUUCACUGCUUUUCAAUCCUGUUGAUUAUUCCUGAUGCCUUGUAACUUGACGGGCAUCCCCGCUGCUUCCUGCACAAAUCUGAAAGCAGUGACGUGGAAAGAAGCAGAUUUGCUCCUCGGGAAAUAACAGGGGCUAUCUGGGCACGGUGGUGGAUGCGUCUUGCAGCUCUCACCAUGUCAUUCUCUAAAAGCUUCGCGUGGCUGGAUAUAAUUAUCGCAACUCAGGAUAUUUGAGCGGGAAACACCAUGGACACAGUGGAGAUAAUUCUCUCCCUCUUGGUAGUAGUCAUCAUCAUAGUGUCGUUGCUGUCCAACGUGCUGGUGCUGAUCUGCUUUCUGUAUAGCCCGGAGAUCCGGAAGCAAGUACCGGCAUUGUUUACCCUCAACCUGACCUUCUGCAACUUGUUGCUAACUGUUUCCAACAUGCCUCUGACUUUGGUGGGACUCGUCAACAAUGGUCAAAUUGGCGGCCAGGUGUUAUGUCAGAGUGCUGGUUUUCUGGACACCUUUUUGACUACAAAUUCAAUGCUGAGUAUGGCAGCUCUGAGCAUCGACAGGUGGAUCGCAGUGGUUUUCCCUCUAAGCUAUCACUCCAAAAUGCGACACAGAGACGCAGCUUUCGUGCUUGGCUACACGUGGGUACACUCCGUAUGCUUCUCUACAGUAGCCGCUUGUCUCUCAUGGGUGGGAUACAAUCAACUUUACGCAUCUUGUACUCUCUGUAAUGCCAGAGCGAACAGCAGUCGGACCCAGUUUGUUGUCUUUACAGUGGUCUUCCACUCGCUCACGUUUCUCCUGUCUUUGGUAGUGCUGUGCGUUACAUACCUUAAAGUGCUAAAAGUGGCUCGGUUCCACUGUAAAAGGAUAGACGUUAUUACCAUGCAGACUUUAGUGCUUCUCGUGGACAUUCACCCAAGUGUUCGACAGCGAUGCCUGGAGGAACAGAAGAGACGGAGACAGAGAGCCACCAAAAAGAUCAGCACCUUCAUCGGCUCGUUUGUGGUGUGCUUCGCGCCCUACGUGAUUACAAGGAUUGUGGAGCUGUUUCCGGUAGUGCCUAUCAACUCUCACUGGGGAGUUGCCUCCAAGUGCUUGGCUUACAGCAAAGCGGCCUGCGACCCAUUUGUUUACUCUCUGCUGAGGAACCAGUACAGGAAGACGUGCUCCGACAUCAUCAACAAAAUCCUGAAACGGAGCUCUCUCAACACGUCGGGGCGACAGCACGAGAACGGGAGGAACAACUUCGUUCAGACCGCCGAGGGAACCCUUCCAUGAAAAACGGACCCGUCCACUGGGGGCAUGUGGUGCUGAGGGGAACUAGCCGUGUGCCAAGGCCUGUGGAAGCAGCUCUGCUUUUGAAAAAAAUCAGAAGAGUGCGAGGGGAGGGUGACAGAGUUGAGUGCUUCAUUGUCAUCUUUGGGCAUUUUGACUGGUUGCCAUCCCAUGUAGCUCAACACUCUUGAAAACAGAACAUGUGUCCCCAAGACUUAACCCUGAACAUCCAAGACUUCUGAGGAUGGAUCGCCACCUUCAUCUCAUGAGGCAUGUCAAACAGGAGAUGUUGUACUCAAAGCAAGACAUUUUUUUCUGAAGAUUUGCUGGUGAUCACUUGUAUGGAAGAAGAAUAAUAAUAAGAAGAAGAUGUAGUUUGACAUGUCCCUUCCUGCUUUAGAAUGGUGGAUUCGUCACUGAGGUCACAAGGUACUGCUGCUUUGCUUCCUCAUUUGUUUUCAGAUUAAUUUAUUUUAUUUAAAAAAAAAUUGUGACAUCAACCAUGAAGAACAUAUUGUAUAUGUGAACAGAUUUGUUUCCAGGGGAACUGUGUUCAUUUAUGUGGAAGUGUUGCAGUAAGGACCAAACAGCUCACCGAGAAUGCCAAAGGGGGAUUUUCUGAAUGCAUUAUUAACGGUAUGAACACACGUCCUCUGGUUCUCGAAAGGUUUCUGUGAAAAACACCCUCUGAAAAAAAAUCCUGAGUAAAAUGGAUUGGAAGGCAAAGCAUUUAUAAUUUCAAACAGAUGAGUUUAAUGCACUGAGUGUUUGUUCCCCCAUAUUUGUGCUAGAAACGCCCAUGUUUUUUAUCUUUGUUUCUAGUUCUAAGAUGCACACUUCCCUCGUGCCGUAUAUGGCGUGCUGAACUGCAGCAGAGUGGUCAACAGCCUCCCAGUCUUCCUGCCUAUCACCCACAGAAAUAGUUCACAUGUAGCCAAGAAGGGAGGUUCUCGGUGGAACGGGAGCAUCCAGUCCGAUAAUGGAUAACCUGAUGGAAGUUCACAGUUUCCUGUAGAGCUUGGUCAUUGCUUUUCUGAAACCAAUUAACAGAUGUACCCCCCAGUUGUGUCCAUCUUAGGACAAAGCUAUAACUAUUGUUAACACCCCUGCCUUCCUCUCACCCCCAAAUCGUUCUCCUGCUGAUGUUACUGCUGAAGAUAGCCCCUCUGGUUGUUUGAUCAACUGUAGCAUAAUUGCGAUGGCUUGCCUGGACUAGCCUCCGCAACACAGACCAUACUUAGCCUUUGUCUCUGUGCCUGUCUGAGUCCCUUUCUCACUGCACUCACUAGGCUCAAAAGAAAAUAACCUCUUUGGUAACAUAAUAAUAUUAAUAAGUCAUUAACACGUCAUUAAGAACCACAAACAAAUCAUUAGUUCAUGAGUGUUCUAAAGCUUGAGAUUGCGAGUAAAUGAUUUCUGUUAAGUUUAUGUUUUACAUAAUGUGUUUGUUGACAUGUACUAGUGAGAUAAAGAGUAUGUGUUAGCAAACCAUUUAUUGUUCUGAAGGAAAUCAGUAAAAUUAUAAUAAAGACCA